GGCGCUGCCUCCCGCCGCGGGGCUCCGCCGGCCCGGGCCGCAUCUCUCCCUCCCCUCUUCUCUCCCGUCCGCCGCCCCCGGGCCAAUAAAAUGAUGCAAAGCUCCGCGCUCGCUGCCGAAGGGGCUGUCAAGGGGCUUCCCGAGAUCCUCGGUGUGCCGGUGCAACAGAUCCCCCAGUGCGCCGGCUGCAACCAGCACAUCCUGGACAAGUUCAUCCUCAAGGUCCUGGACCGGCACUGGCACAGCUCCUGCCUCAAGUGUGCCGACUGCCAGAUGCAGCUGGCCGACCGCUGCUUCUCCCGGGCCGGCAGCGUCUACUGCAAGGAGGACUUCUUCAAACGUUUCGGGACCAAAUGCACGGCGUGCCAGCAGGGCAUCCCCCCCACCCAGGUGGUCCGCAAAGCCCAGGACUUCGUCUACCACCUCCACUGCUUCGCCUGCAUCAUCUGCAGCCGGCAGCUGGCCACUGGCGACGAGUUCUACCUGAUGGAGGACGGGCGGCUGGUCUGCAAGGAGGACUACGAGACUGCCAAGCAGAACGAUGACUCCGAGGCAGGUGCUAAGCGGCCCCGGACCACCAUCACGGCCAAGCAGCUGGAGACACUGAAGAACGCCUACAAGAACUCCCCCAAGCCCGCCCGGCAUGUGCGGGAGCAGCUCUCCUCCGAGACUGGGCUUGACAUGAGGGUGGUGCAGGUGUGGUUCCAGAACCGGCGGGCCAAGGAGAAGCGGCUGAAGAAGGACGCGGGGCGGCAUCGCUGGGGGCAGUUCUACAAGAGCGUCAAGCGGAGCCGCGGGGGCGGCAAGCUGGAGAAGGAGAGCUCGGCCGAGGACUGCGGCGUCAGUGACAGCGAGCUCAGCUUCCGCGAAGACCAGAUCCUCUCCGAGCUGGGCCACACCAACAGGGUAUAUGGCACCGUGGGGGACGUGGCGGGCGGACAGUUGCUGAACGGCGGCUUCUCCAUGGAGGGGACGGGACAGUCGUACCAGGACUUGCGGGACGGCAGUCCCUACGGCCUCCCCCAGUCGCCGUCCUCCAUCUCCUCCCUGCCGUCCCACCCGCCCUUGCUCAACGGGCUGGACUACGCCAUGGACGGCAGCCUGGGGCUGGUGGCCCACGGGGCGCAGGGGGUGAGUCAGACGCUGCGGGCCAUGGCCGGGGGGGGCCCCACCUCCGACAUCUCCACGGGGAGCAGCGUCGGGUACCCAGACUUUCCCACCAGCCCGGCCUCCUGGCUGGACGACAUGGAUCACCCCCCUUUCUAAGCGCCGCUCGCCCCCUGCCCCGGCCCCCCUCGCUCCCUCCCCAGCCUGCAAGCUCAGCACUGAGGGUACCCGCCGCUGGUUGACCUUUCCAGGAUUUCCCAUGGGAAUGGGCCCUGGAGGGCUGGAGGGAGGGGGGGGCGGCAUCGGCGAUGGCCGGGGGUGGCUGUGCUUGGGGCGGGGGGCACAGAUGCCUUUGGGUGUAAGCACAAGAGAGGUGUUGGCGCACGGGAUGCACGGCGAGGACCCCGGCGCAGGGCUGGGGCACGGUGCAGCGCUGGUAACGGUGUGGGCUGGCGAGAGGGAAGGACAAUCAAGGAUGGCAGCGUCCAUCCCGGUGCCCGUGCCAGCCCCGCACCCCUCCUGCUGAGCACCGCUGCUAUUUUCAAGAGUUAUUUUUCGAUAUGGAGUUGAAAUGACUCGGCGCUGCCUGGAGCCUCAGCAGAAAGAAAAAGUCUAUAUUGUAGAAGCAUUUAUUUUGGCGAGGCUGGGGACCUGUCCGGGCAGGGCCACUGCCCCGCUGCCCGGGGGCGAUGCCGCCCGCUCCUGGCCUGGUGGGAGCAGAGCCGUCGUGCGGUGGCUGUGGGGCCGCGAUUUAUCACUGGGUGCACGGGCGCGCUUACGAUGCAUCACUGUGGGUUUUACCUUGGUCGUGUGUCGGGGAGGAAUUAAAGAAGAAAAAAAGCCUCGAUCCAGCCCAGGGUGCCCAACGGCUGGGCUGGGCUGGGAUGCUCAGGGCUGGCACGUGGAUGGCAGCCGCUGCAGGUGCUGGGGAAGGGGGGGCAGGAGAGGUGGGGAAUGUUUGAUCUGAGGGUAUUGCAAAAAAUUCCCCCCAAAAGAGGGAAAAAGAGCAUUUCAUCAGCUGCAGGAGUACCCACGCGGUGGGGAGCGGACGGUGUCGGGGUGUAAGACCCCCAUGGAAUAGGCUACCCACCUCCUUCAGGGCUGUGGGGCUGACAGGACCAAAGGUGGGUGCAGGCAGCUGGGGAGGACCCAGGUGGUUUUGGCACCAGCCUCCAGCCCCUUCCUCAAAACCUACAUCCCUGGGCUUGUGACACCCACCGGCCCAGCUCCCCCACACCCCCAGCCUUGCCAGGCUGAAGCAUUCAGCCCAAUGGAUAAAACCCAGCUCCAUGCUUGCUGCCCGGUGUGCCGGGCUCUGCCCCAGGCCCACAGGGAUGCCCUGGCCAUGGGGUCCCUGCCAUUCCCCCCAGCUCUGGGGUGAUGCUGAUGAUCCCGCCUGCCCUUCAGGAAGGGCUGCGGGCAGAUCCAGUUAGCCAGCUGCUGCCAGAGGCCGGGGGGGCUCUGAAGGCAAAGGGAAAAAAAGAAGAAAAAUGAAAAAAAAUUAUGCCACACAAGAAAGCACAUCACUGGUAUGUCCCUGUCCCUCCCUGCCCCCCCAGCUGGGUGUGUUGGUGCUGCAGGAGUCGCCCCAGCUGCACCCAUGUGCCUCCCCCCACCCCCACCCCUGCAACCUUGGGUGCUGCUUUGUGCCAAGCCCCCGGCCUCGCCGGGCAGCGUGGACGGCUGGUGGGGAGGGGGACGGGGGCAGCCAUGCCCACUGCUCUCCACCCCCCUUUGACAAGGCCAAACGCCCCCUCCCCUUGCUGUGUAAAUUUUGUACAGUACCAGAAAGUGAAAGUCUUGUUUCCUGGGGGGAAAAAAAAAAACAAAACCCAACAAAAAUAAUAAUAAUAAUAAUAAUAAAAAAUUUCAAAGAAUGAAACCUUAUUUAUUGCCCUGUCUUUGGGGAGAAAGGACGCCCCAAACUCCCCCAAAUUCGCACCCAGGGCGUUGCUUUUGUACCCUGCCUCCGGUGUGUUGGCAUGAGAUGUGUACGGUCACCCCCUCUGCCUUGAGGGAAAGCGAUGUCAAAUAAACUCGGGAUGCUCUUUAGCAGCUGCUGUCUUUGGGAUUUUCUUCCUCUAUGGGAGGGCAGCAGCCACCAGCAGCAUCACCUGCCCCGGCACCAUCGGCUCUUUGGUGUUGGAUCCCUGGGUCUUGUCUGGAUGGAGGAGCUGGCAUCCCUGGAAUGAGACAAGCGACAUGGCCAGCGACAUGGCCAUCGUUCCCUGGCUUUAUGCGGGCAUGGAGAGGUGGGUGGGUUUGGGGUGGGCAGCUCCAGCCCUGCCACGUGGCACCCCACGAUGCCCGCAGCGUGCCCACCGCUGUCGCCCGGCUGUACCACCACAGCACUCGGCGGGCACAGGUGAGAUGGCAGAGCCAUGCCGGGGCGGGGGUCUGAGCCCCUCCACAGGCACCGGUGUGUUGGCUUUCUGUAUUUUAAUCAUUUUAACAUUUAAUGCUUCUCAAUUAAAGUGAUUUCCUGGAGUAGAUGCCAAGCUUAGGGCGAAUGCACAUUAACCACUUUCUGUAUCGGUAGUUAAAGGCACUAAGGGAUUUAAACAGCAAUCCGCAAGGCUGCUGGGGAAAGGUUUGGCUGAA